GAGAGAGAGAGAGAGAGAGGGGUAGCCAGGUAGGGCGAGCCAAGGUCCAGCAAAAAGAAAGAGAGGAGGGGGUCCAUUUCAUAGAUACAACUCAUAGGGCGAGAGAGAGAGAAGAGAGAGGUGAAGGGCAAACAAAGGCCAUGCGGCGGCUGGUAGGCUUGUUCAGAUGAAAGGACGAAGAUCUACAUACUAUGGCCUGCUCUUCUCGACUUUCUGAUGAUGCAUCUUUUUCUUCUCUCUUUCGUUUCCUUUUCACUUCUCUCUUCUUGAAGAUUUGUUCAUGGAAGGCAAAAGAUUUGAUGCGGGAGUGAGGGUUUAUUUCCCUUUAGCUUGUCUUUGGAAGCACUAACUCUUCUAUUAGGUGUACUCUUGAGAAGGCCUUCGCCACCCCCUGACUUCUGGGUCAUCGAUAUUACCCUCUUUACAGAGAACACGGACCCUAAUUAUUCCAAAGCCGUUACUUCUGUAGAUUUUAAGCUAGAGUUUCCUUUCAUUAUUGGAGCACAAGAUGGCGCAUCACCACCCAGAGAAGCUAGGGACUAUGAUCUCUCCAGCUUUCAGCUACGACGACUUCUCCUCCACUAGAAACUCCAUGAUCCAGAGCUUCGAGCCCAACCAGGAGCUGUACAGCCUUCAAGCCGGGAUGGAGAUGCUGGGGAGAGGCUUCUUCCCCAAGGUGGGCAGCAGCUCCUCCAGCAUCGGAGGAGAGCUCUCCCAAUCGCCGAACGAGAAUCUUAUGGUCACGGCCGAGACCGCGGCGACAACGACGAUGUUGAAUUUGUGGCAGCGGUCGAACCGGAUGCUGGGCGAGGAUAACUCGCUGAGGUGUCUAUUGCCUACCGAAGGGAACCAGCAGCCCAACCAGGGACUGUCCUUGUCCCUGUGCAACCCCGAGCCCUCCGAGGCGAUCGCCGGCAUGGAACAGCCCUUCCGUCAGCAGCACCUCUCCGCCAAUUCAAGGGAUGAAUUGUUCCCAAAAUCCACGUACGUACUUGAAGACCGGAGGCUCUUUCCACAAUCCUAUCAGCAAGUACAGCAGCUAAAGCACUCCAAAUACUUGAUUCCAGCUCAAGAACUGCUCAACGAGUUCUGUAGUCUAGGUCGGGGCAGCAGCUCCUCGAAGCACAAGUCUCACAAAACAAACCAAUGGGAGGAAGGAGGGUCUUCUUCCAACUCUUCAUGGAACCAAUCCCUCUGCUCUCUUGACAUUAUUGAGCUGCAGAAGAGGAAGGCUGAGCUCUUGUCGAUGCUAGAAGAGGUGGAUAGGAGGUACAAGAAAUAUUGUGAGCAAAUGAGGACGGUGGUCUUGUCAUUUGAGGCGGUGGCCGGAGAAGGAGCCGCUAUGGUCUACUCUACCCUGGCAUCCAAGGCCAUGUCGAAGCACUUCCGGUGUCUGAGGGAUGGGAUUGUUGGCCAGAUCCAGGAGACAAAGAAGGCUAUGGGAGAUAAGGACCCGGUUGCACCAGGGACGACCAGAGGUGAGACCCCGAGGCUCAAACUGCUCGACCAGUGCCUCAGACAGCAGAAAGCAUUUCAGCAGCCUGGAUUGAUGGAGAGCCACCCAUGGCGGCCGCAACGGGGCCUACCAGAGCGCUCCGUAUCGAUCCUUCGAUCAUGGCUUUUUGAGCAUUUUCUUCACCCGUACCCCAGCGAUGUCGAUAAGCAUAUAUUAGCUCGGCAAACCGGACUCUCUAGGAGCCAGGUCAACAAUUGGUUCAUAAACGCACGGGUCAGGCUAUGGAAACCAAUGGUGGAGGAGAUGUACUUGGAAGAAACGAAGGAGCAGGACAAGCAGACCUCCAAUGGGGAGAACAGUAACGACAACAACGCCCGGACAGGCGAGCUACAGUCCAACCGAAACCCUAACCCUAAUUCUAGCUCCUUGCAGUCGCAUGCCGAGGACCAGAAGCCCACACCAGGCCAGCUCCUCAACGACUCAGAUUCCCUCUCCUCCAUCAUCAAUAGCAGCCACCACCGCGCCGACGCAAGGGAUCCCAUGAGCAGCAAGUUUCCCUACCACGACGCUCGGCGACACCACCCGGUCCCGAGGGCUGAGAACUUCGGUGCAGUGGACUUGGACUUCACUUCCUACGGUGAGUGCAGCAAUCACAACUUCGGCGGUGGCGUCUCGUUAACUCUGGGCCUGCAGCAGCACAGCGGAGGGGGCAUGAGCCUGUCGUUCUCCCCGGCCUCUCAGCACCCUCUGCUCUUCUCCGGAGAGCAGAUGGAGGACUGCCAGCCGAGCCAGUUCUCUAUCAUUGAUGGGGAGGCUCAGAACCUUCCUUAUAGAAACCUGAUGGGAGCUCAGAUGCUGCAUGACUUGGCCGGGUAGAGAAGAGUCGAGGGGGCCGGAGGGUCUCCGUGUGGGGGUUAAGGAUAGGGACAUACUAACGGUAAGUGGGUGGAUAUGGUAUACUUGGCCAGUGUUUUGGGUGGGUACGAUAAAAUAGGUGGGUGGGUCGGUCCUGUACUGUAAGUUUUGGUUCCUAAGUAGGUGGUGGAUGUGGACAAUGUCGUCGCAUGAAUUGGGCAGAUGUGCCGUCAUUGUUUGGUGCAGGAAUAUACGUAUACUGUUUUGUAGAGUCCUUGGAUACACAUAUUAAUUACUUCCACUGGUGCAGCACAUGGAAUAC